AUGGACGUUUGCCCCGAGAACAAAAAGCUGCAGUUGCCAGCUAAGAUUGAAGGUUUGUGCAGCACUGUCAUAAAAAUUCAUUACAUCAGGGCCACAGAAAAGCAGUCAAUCUUGCCAGGCCGCUAUAGCUCUGGGGCGUCCAGCUACUUUCUUCCUCUGAAGCCACUGCUGCAUCUGCAGAACACGACUAAACAUGCCAUAAUCGACGAAAUGCUUUGCUUACUCGAAGCUGAAAAUGAGUCCAUCAACGUGCAGUUCUCCAAACCGCUUCACGUUAAGAAUCAAAACUGUGCACAUACAAACACCGAAAAAUUUAUUCACGAACUAAAAAAGAUAUCCUCAUGCAAGUGUAUGAAGACCGUUGAAAGAGACAUGAGAAAACUACAAGAAAAGUGUUCCAUUUUGAAGAAAUCUUCAUCCAAUGAUGAAAGAUGCUCAGAGACGACAAAAACAAAUUUCUCGCGAUUUAAAGAGAGUCUGGAAGAAUUCCUGAAAUGGGUCAAUGAGAAGCAGAACUGCAGCAACAUCACGAGAGGCGAGUCGGGUUUGUAUCCGGACAGCAAAUGCAGCUGCCCUGACCCAUGGAAGUACAGCAAAGGCUUGCUCUAG